GCUGGCCACUCUUCUGUUGGCUGUCAUUUACUCCGUUUCAGAAAAGAAAAAAACAGUGUUUUCCAGUGGAAGAGAAAGGCUCGUGUCGCGAAAUAAAUCCUUUUUUAAAUCAAAUCUCCACAAAGCUGAGUUUGCAUGAUAACAAUUACUCGAUUGAGCAAAAGAGAAAAGCAAUUUUCACCCGUUCCUGCAGAAUAGUAGGAGCCGCGAACAGACAUUGCUAAUCUAAAAGCAAAUUGCGCAUAAAAUGUCCUCCCCAGUAAGUUCCGCAUCCGAAUACAACAGCGCACUAGAUGACACCUUAAAUUCCACUGCCGGUUCGGAAACAUUGACUGCUUCUCUCGUAGAUUCAGAUAUCGAGAACAUAAAUCUCUCGCAGGAGUGGAAUAAGCUGCUCCCUCCGGCGGGGCGCAAGAAACCCCAAAACCCUGUCGAAUCGACCAAACUGCUGCUGGACAGUCUGAAAAAUAACAACAUUGCUAACAGUACCCUUCUGCAGGAGGGAGAUCCGUUGGUUGAGGAAAAGAGCCCUUCUAAAUCACUGAAUAACGAUACAACAAUCGACAGUACGCUGGGCUCCGUUAGCAUAGAUAUGAGUGGAUCCGAUGGCAGUACCACUCUGUCGGUUAUGUCCAGCUCGGAUGAGGUGUCGGUGUUGAUAAGCGACGAAGAGAUCAGUGGUGCAGCAGCAGCGGUUUCGUCCUCUAGUGUAACAACUCCGAGACCAUCGCAGCUGAAUGUGUCGCUGGUGACUGGUUCAGCGAAGGAUAAGCUAAACGACGACGACAGCCCCACCACUAAGGAUUCGAGAGACACAACGCACAAUGUGUCACUGCUGCCGGUUGACGAUGAUCAACCGACCGAACCGGGGCACAGUCAAAGUCAGAAGGACACUAUAAAAAUAUACAACUCUCUGGAGGAAUUCGACCAGAAUCUUCCGGAUACGGUUACCCUGUUGACCACUCCAGAGGGGAGCAAAGUAUAUCUCGUAGGAACGGCUCACUUCAGUGAGAACUCACAGAACGACGUUUCUCUGGUGAUGCGAAAUGUUCAGCCGAACUUGGUUAUGCUUGAGUUGUGUCCUUCCCGGGUUCACAUACUGAAGUACGACGAAAAGACUCUCAUGGAGGAAGCUAAGGAUAUCAAUCUUGCCAAAAUUCAAACCAUUGUCAAAACGAACGGCGCCAUAAAUGGACUGUUUUACAUUCUACUGCUGAACAUGAGCGCAAAGAUUACAAAAAAACUGGGAAUGGCUCCGGGAGGCGAGUUCCGAAGGGCUGUGGAUGAAGCUACACGCAUUCCAAACUGUUUGGUCCAACUGGGCGAUCGACAGAUAAAUAUAACUCUCCAACGUGCUCUCCGGGGUCUCUCCCUCUGGCAGACAAUCAAACUUAUACCCAAGUUACUGAUCAUGGACGAUAACAUCAGCGUCGAAGAGGUGGAACAGUGCAAACAGAAGGAUCUACUCGAAGAAAUAAUGCUGGAGAUGGCGGGUGAAUUUCCCGCAUUCGGUAAGGUUUUCGUCCAGGAACGGGAUCUCUAUCUUUGCCACUCGCUGCAGGUGGCAGCCCUUCCUCAACAGCUUCCCGACGGAAGCCUCCAGCCGGUGAAGGUGGUCGGAGUGGUGGGAAUUGGUCACGCCGCGGGCAUCGUUAAGCACUGGGGCAAAGUCGAACUCGAUGCAAUAGCCUCCAUCCUAACCAUUCCUCCGGCUAGCUUCGGUCAUAAAGCGGCCAAAUUUGUGCUGAAAUACGGCACUCUUGGACUCUGCGCGUACGGUGCUUUCCGAUUCCUGCGACCACGGUUCCACAAGUGGUUAUGAUCGGCCAUUUAUUUCCUGAUGCUCGAAGACUACUGAGAAAAAAAAAAUACAAGGCACGCACGAUAUUGAAGCAUAUUAUAUUUUUUAUUGAUUUCAAAGACACUACGCGUAUGUAUCUUCCAAAAUUCACCGUAAAUUAUCAUAGACAGAGCAUGUGUAUUCAGAAACCAGAUUGCGCUCGAGUCGGCCGCAGAUAGGGUAUGAUUCAAAUCAAAAUGUUGUGUAAUUAUUAUUAUCUUAUUACGGUUGACAAAGAAAAUAUACUAGUAGAGUUGACAAUUAUUCCCCAAAUUAUUUGAA